AUGCCUGUAUCAAUUAGCCAACUCGUCAAGCUGCAGUCUCAAACGGACAAUAUCCGAAACAUUUGCAUAUUAGCACAUGUGGAUCACGGCAAAACCACAUUAUCGGAUUCCUUACUCGCAUCGAAUGGUAUUAUUUCCUCUAAACUUGCUGGCAGAGUACGCUAUCUCGAUAGCCGAGAAGACGAGCAAGAACGAGGGAUAACCAUGGAAGCGAGCGGAAUAUCACUCUACUUUAAAGUUUUACGAAUUGGCGCCGAAGAACGUUCUGAUGAAUAUCUCAUAAAUCUUAUUGAUUCCCCCGGACACGUUGAUUUUUCCAGCGAGGUGUCUACAGCUUCAAGACUGUGUGAUGGUGCCCUGAUACUAGUUGAUGUGGUUGAGGGCGUUUGUACGCAGACACAUACGGUCCUCCGACAAGCAUUAAUAGAGAAUGUUCGGCCAGUCUUGGUCCUCAACAAAAUUGAUCGCUUGAUUACAGAAUUAAAACUUACACCAAUGGAAGCUCAUAUUCAUCUGAUAAAAAUACUCGAACAAGUAAAUGUAAUUGUGGGAACUUUUUAUGCCGGAGCUAUGCUUGAGGAAGAAGGCAGACGGCACGAAGCUGCACAGGCUGAGGACAAGGUUGACAACAAAUCUCAUCGAGACGCUCCAGAAGAUUUAUUUGAAGAACGAGAUGAUUCGAAUAUAUAUUUUGCUCCCGAUACAGGAAAUGUUGUAUUCUGCAGUGCCAUUGAUGGCUGGGCAUUCAGAGUAGAACAAUUUGCCCGAAUCUAUGCUGCCAAGCUAAAUGUCAAGGAGAACCUGCUCCGUAAAGUGCUUUGGGGUGAUUAUUAUCUUGAACCAAAGACAAAACGAAUCUUGUUACAGAAACACUUGAGAGGUCGUCAAUUGAAGCCCAUGUUUGUGCAGUUUGUAUUAGAAAACAUAUGGAAUGUUUACGACGCAGUAGUACUUAACAACAACCGCGAAAAGAUUGAGAAAAUAGUAAAAGCGCUCAAUCUAAAACAGUACUACAUAUCCUUAUUUUUCUUCUCCAUGAUAUUGUUUUUAAUUUCCAAAUCUUCCAUUCUAUUGGCACCCGACUAUUUCCUUGACUCUGCGUUCAUACUCGCAGUAGUCGAACAACUCCCAUCCCCAAAAGCAGCUCAACCAAUACGUCUGCCUCGAUUGAUAUACCCACACAGUGACAAAAUCGAAACGCCCAAAGAUGAUUUUGAAAGCAAACUAUACUCGUGCGAUACAGGUGAUUCCGCGCCAGUCGUUGCAUUUGUAUCAAAAAUGUUUGCUGUGCCAUCGAGAUUUUUGCCCGAGAAUAGACGGAGGCAGUUUACAGCCGAAGAAUUGCGAGAGAAUGCGAGAAUACGAAGAGAACAGAAAAGAUUAGCAGAGACUAAUUCUGUUACUGAAGGAGACAACAAUGUAACAAAUAAUGACGUCGCACUAAAAACCAAGCCGGAAGAAAAUGAUACUAAACGGAAAACGAAAUCAGAUGGUGUUACGGAAAAUGACAAAACAGAUGCGAAAGAAGACUCGCCGAAAGAGGCAUUUAUCGGAUUUGCCAGAUUGUAUUCGGGGAAGAUACGUGUAGGUCAAAAACUAUACGUACUUGGCCCAAAAUUUGAUCCUGCAUAUCCCGACAGAUAUUCUUCUGAAAUAACCGUGGAAAAUUUGUAUCUGAUGAUGGGUCGGGAGCUUGAAAACUUGCAAGAAGUUCCGGCUGGAAAUGUAUUUGGCAUUGGUGGAUUAGAAGGACAUUUGUUGAAGAAUGGAACAAUAAGUAGCACGAAAAAAUGUCAUAAUUUUGUUGGGACUGGUUUGGAGACUGCACCUAUAGUUCGUGUUGCACUUGAGCCAGCCGAUCCAUCCGAGAUGGCACAGCUUAUUGAAGGACUACAUUUACUAAACCAAGCUGAUUCAUGUGUCGAAGUACUAAUACAAGAAACUGGAGAGCAUGUCAUCCUUGCCGCUGGCGAAGUACACCUUGAGAGGUGUCUUAGGGAUCUUCGAGAACGAUUUGCCAGGAUAGAAAUCCAAGUAUCGUCACCAAUUGUUCCAUUUAGAGAGACGAUUGCGCCUGUUGCAGAUUCAACGCCUUUAAAAGAUCCUUUGGUUCCUCGAGGACAGAUUACAAUGUCUACUCCCAGCAAACACUGCACGCUCAAGAUACGUGCCGUCCCAUUACCGACAAACAUAAUGGAAUUUCUUGACCAGCAUGUACUUACAAUAAAAUCCAUGGUAGACGAACAACAGCGUAAGAAAACUGGGAAGAAUGACAAUGAGGAUAUGGAUGAGGCCUUGAAAGGAGUUGCUGUUAAGAGUAAGAAAUCGUUAAAUGCGGACGAGUUUUUCGAGCUAUUGGAAAAAGAGUUUGAUAAGGCUGGGGAUAGCGACCUAUGGAAAGGAAUUGUUGACAGGAUUUGGGCAUUCGGACCAAAGCGUGUUGGUGCCAACAUACUUGUGAAUCGAGUAUCAAAUUAUACUAGAAGAUCCUGGCGUCGUAAUGUGCAAGCGGCUUUCGAAACAUCACAGCUUCCGCAGUCUGAUUUGGACACCGAGAACCCGGUAGCAGAUGACAGUCAGAAUACAACAUUGAGUCUAAGAUCUUUUGACGAAAGCGUCCAUACUGGCUUUCAAAUGGCUACCAAGAGUGGUCCGUUGUGUGGAGAGCCAAUGAUGGGGGUUGUGUAUUUCGUUGACGAUUUUACAGUAAAUGUCGAUGAAAACAACGCAGAUGUAAGGUCGCAGCUAGCUGGACAGAUUAUGACGACGAUGAGAGAUGCAUGUCGACAGGCUUUUCUUGAAUGGUCUCCUAGGCUGAUGCGUGCCAUGUAUUCAUGUGACAUACAGGCAACAACUGACGUGCUUGGAAAGGUAUAUGCAGUAGUUGCUCGUCGAAAAGGCAAAAUUGUUUCUGAAGAGCUUAAAGAAGGGACAUCAUUCUUUUCAAUACAUGCUCUUUUGCCAGUGGUAGAGAGUUUUGGAUUUGCAGAUGAGAUAAGAACAAAGACCUCGGGCGUUGCUAGUCCACAGCUAAUAUUCAGUGGUUUUGAGAUGUUGGACGAAGAUCCAUUCUGGGUUCCUACUACGGAAGAAGAGUUAGAGGACUUGGGAGAGAAGGCAGAUCGAGAGAAUUUGGCGAAAAAAUACAUGGAGAGCGUCAGAAAGCGUAAGGGCAUGUUUAUUGAAAAGAAGAUAGUGGAACACGCUGAGAAGCAGAGAACACUGAAGAAGUAA